CCUGUACGGAGUUGUCGGAGUUUCGAGGAAGGGACUGAAGGGAGGCCGGGAGCCGAGUCGCCAGGCUUAAACAAGUCGAGGGAAUGUUGUGCGGUUCGUCGGGCCGACUCGACGCCGUUUGCGUGGCUGAGUAGCCGAAAUCGGAAGGUGGAUGUGUGCAGUGCCAAGUUGAGUGCGUCUGCCUCGGAAAUUCGAGGGACCUGAGUUUCGCGUUCAACCAGCUUCAAGAUGCUGCGCUUCCUGAGCCGCAGGAAGGGACGCAGCAACGGGCCGCAGAAGGCGACGACACAGGGCCGACCAGGCAGCGAGUCGACCCGCAUUGUGCCCAACAAGAACCUGGUCCAGUGCAGGGUCAUCCUGCUCGAUGGCACCGACCUCUCGGUCGACCUGUCGAAAAAGGCGGUGGGCAGUGAUUUACUGGAGCAGACCUUCUACUCGCUGGACCUCAUUGAGAAGGACUAUUUCGGUCUGCAGUACACAGACGCCAAUAAUGUGCAGCAUUGGCUCGACCCGACCAAGGCUAUUAAGAAACAAGUCAAAAUUGGACCACCCUACACAUUCAGACUGAGAGUGAAAUUCUACUCUUCCGAGCCAAAUAAUUUAAGGGAGGAGCUCACCAGGUACCAGUUCUUCCUGCAACUGAAACUUGAUCUGCUAGAGGCGCGUCUCAAGUGCCCCAUUCAGACUGCCGUUGAACUAGCCGCACUUGCCUUACAAUCUGAGCUGGGUGACUACGAGGAAGGAGUGCACACGCCGGCUGUCAUAUCAGAAUUCAGAUUCGUCCCCCAGCAGUCUGAGGAGAUGGAGUUUCUGGCGUUGGACGAAUACAAGAAGUGCAAAGGAUACACACCGGCUCAGGCUGAAAUGCAUUUCCUCAACAAAGUGAAGUGGUUAGAAAUGUACGGCGUGGUUAUGCACACAGUUCUUGGAAAAGACGGGUGUGAAUAUUCUCUAGGACUGACCCCUACAGGUAUAUUAGUUUUCGAGGGAACCCAAAAAAUUGGUCUCUUCUUUUGGCCUAAGAUCGGAAAGCUGGACUUUAAAAAGAAGAAACUCACUCUUGUCGUGGUAGAAGACGAUGAGCAUGGCAGGGAACAAGAGCACACUUUUGUGUUCAGGCUCCACAACGAAAAAGCGUGCAAGCAUCUGUGGAAGUGCGCAGUGGAGCACCACACGUUCUUCCGGCUACGGGCGCCCGUGAAGGGAAACUCGGCGCGCCAAAACUUCUUCCGCAUGGGCUCUCGCUUCCGUUACAGCGGCAAAACCGAGUUCCAGACCACCAUCACGAGCCGCAGCAGGCGCAGCGUGCAGUUCGAGCGGCGGCCGAGUCAGCGCUACGCCAGGCGGCAGAGCCACGUGCUGCGCGAGCGGCAACGCAAUCCGCCCGGCGCCUCGCAGGCGGCCGCGGCCGCGCCCCCUGAGCCCAAGGUGGUGGCCACCCCGGUGCCCCCUCAGCCCGAGACGGCCGACUUGCUGCAGCUGCACGACCUGGAUCCAGCGCCCGCGUCGCCGGCGCUCACUCCCCAGUCCUCCCUCAUCGGAGGAUCGAUCAGGAGAAGGAACAGCCCUAGCAGAAUGAGCAGCUCCAGCGGCGGAAGCAGCAAGGGCGCCGUUGCCCUCGGAUCUAAGUCCACCUCGCCUGUCCCACCAGCUGUAAUCGCUGAAGAGCGGCUUGACUCUUUGCUGAAGAGUUUGGCAAAGGAAACGAUUUCCGCGGGUCGCGAAGACCCUGUGAAUGAGGCCGCAGCUCUCAAUCCAACCACAAAGGCAACUGAAGUUGACUCCCUUUCCUGCAAGAUUUCCAUUGUCGAUCCGGCAAGGGCAAGCUCUCCCGUGACCAAUGGCUCUAUUCAGCCCAACAACCAAACCCUCAAAGGACACAAUCCUUGGGGCGCUAGACCUCUUCCUCCAGAAACUCUCAAGUGCAAUAUUCUAAAAGCUCGAGCUGAGGAAGAAAUGAAGAAGAUACCUAUUGCCGUGGAAUUGAGCACUCCAGAGAAGAUGAGUAAUGUCAACGAUGAAAGGAAUGUUUUGUCCCUCUCCUCUUCGGAAAGCGUAAAUCACAAGAACCAACUGUACGCCAGCGCGCAUGACUCGAACCAUCUGGAUUCCUCAGCAGCGACCUUCGUCUCAGUGGGCGGAGACAUUUUGACCCUGAGUCUGAGCGGCGGAGUUGGCGCCAGCGCCUCUCUCGUGGAGCCGCUGCUACUGCUGCCGAGCCCCGUGGACGAGGCUGCGGCGGCAGCAGCGGCCGACGGCAACAACCCCGUGUCCGUGACCCACUUCUCGUGGGGCGAGCGGGGCCAGGUGGAGAAGGUGAAGCUGCAAAACGGCGAGACGACCCAGUUGUCGUCGCCCACCCUGCCGAGCAACCCCUUCAACCCUUUCACGGAGCUGCCGGGCACGCCCACGUCGCCGCUGAGCACGACCAAUCCGUUCAUCACGACUCCAAACUCGCCGCAGGAAAAGAAACUCAAUCCCUUCCUCAACAUGUUCACCAACGGCGACGAAGCCCCAAAGGUGUUGGAAGCGGCGCCCAAGUCGCCCGUCAUCAAGCAGCACGAGGAUUUGAUCGCUGAUAAGAACGCCAUUGUCAAGGAAGCUAAGCCCCAAUCUCCAGAACCAGCGCUGAAAUCAGCGGAAAGCAAGCCAGUGUCGCCGCAAAUAUCGCCGUGGCUGGUGAAUGACACUUCUUCAGAAGCUCCCAUCAUCCGAAAAACGGUAAUCACAACCGAAUUAUGAUCGAGCAUAGUAUUUACACUUGUGAUUUUAAGCGUUUAAUUCAUAGUUUAAACAAUGAUUAUGUUAAUCUCGAGCGUAUGUAAACGUAGUAAUUGUUGGCAAGUGCAAUUAUUCUCUAUGCAAUAUCUUAUUUGGAAAUCCUCUCAUUGUCAGCUCAUUUUAAUCAAUCAAUUAGUGCUGCCAAAUCCCCUGAUCAUGCUUUUAAUGAGUAAUUAAGUGUUAUUGGUGCGCUGUUUUAUAGCUGAUAAGUGCUGGUGUGCAUUUGUUUUUCUUUUUUCAUCGGACACUUCCAACUCUCUUGUGCAUUUCAAAGCACAUUCCACCCGAUAAUCCAGCUUCUCGUUCUCGAGUGCCAUAAUAAGACAAUUUCUACCAAGAUCAAAAUUUUCUUAACACCAAGCAUUCCGUCCCUGGAAAUAAAGUUCUUCUCGAUCGAUGAGUUUUUUUUAUUUAAAUCGAUGUCUACUGAUGUGACAAUUUAGACUUGUAAUAAUAAAGAAACUUUAUUGUAAAUAAA